GGAGUGCCGAUGCUCUCAGUCCAGCCGAAGGGAAAGCAGAAAGGGUGCGCCGGGUGCAACCGGAAGAUCAAGGACCGCUACCUGCUCAAGGCGCUGGACAAGUACUGGCAUGAAGACUGCCUGAAGUGCGCCUGCUGCGACUGCCGAUUGGGCGAGGUCGGCUCCACCCUCUACACAAAAGCAAAUCUCAUACUCUGCCGCAGGGAUUACUUACGGCUCUUCGGAACCACAGGGAACUGCGCCGCCUGCAGCAAGCUCAUCCCCGCCUUCGAAAUGGUCAUGCGGGCCAGAGACAACGUCUACCACCUGGACUGCUUCGCCUGUCAGCUCUGCAACCAGAGGUUCUGCGUCGGGGACAAGUUUUUCCUGAAGAACAACAUGAUCCUGUGCCAGAUGGACUAUGAAGAGGGGCAGCUCAACGGGAGCUUCGAAUCCCAAGUCCAAUAG